AUGGCGACGCUGUUCCACGUGACGUUGUGGUGUUGCUGCUGCCGUGGAAGGGGCCGCCGGCGCCAGGGAGACGUUCGGAAGGAGGACAUCGUCGUACGGAGAGCCACCGAGACCGAUUACUGGAUUUCCGAACCGACGGCUGAAGCCAAGGAACCGAAAUAUGGCAUCGUCACUCCAAGCCCGUACUAUGGAGUGUCGCGCCGUCUCUCCAACGUCUCCUACGCGUCCGUCCAGAAGAACCACAGCCGUCCAGUGCGGCCAGCGCCACCUGUACCCUCGGUUGGCAGGGAUUACGGUGUCCCGUCGACGAUCAGCAUCCCCGGGCAGGGCACAGAGAUGUCUGACUAUGGCUCUAGCGUCGACGGCAAAGAGUACGCGCCCACCACCAGCACGUUCAUGACCCACUCGACGACGGCUGAGACCGAUCUCGGCAGCCCGGAUAAGUCAACUUGCAAGGAUCAUUUAUUUCAGCACGUCGUCCGCGGCCUGAUCCUCAGCCACCGUCGCCACGGCGAGGACAAGGACAUCAACAGGUGCAUCUGCUGCGCCCCAGAAUUGGCCCCCGACCAGCCAUACUACAGCGACAGCAUCGUGCAGCCCAUCUACAACCAGGCUCCGAGCUACAACUAUCAACAGCAGCCACCCGUCGCCGCCGCUCCCACCGGCUAC